AAYUUAACGAUAAUUGACGUUACCUUCCAUGAUGAAGUCGUGAGUCCGAAAGUAAAGAAAUGGUUCCUUUUUAUUAUAUUCAGCAAACAACUUGCUUUUGGUUGGAAGCAAUUGUGAGCAGUUGUGUGCGUCUCCUCCUUCUGUGUUCUCCAAUGAUCCCACGGCGCCCUCGCAUUUCUCUGCUAAGCUCCAUUUUCUCUCCAACUCGUUCGAUUCCUCUUCGUCUUCAUUCUUCUUCUUCUUCUUCUUCUUUCUCCACUUCUCCUUCCCCAGAUAGACUCAGCCUCAGAGACUGGUUGUCUCCCAAUGAAGUCAUUACAAUCAUCCAACGCAUCACUGAUCCCCCCUCUGUGCUUGAAUUCCUCCACCGCUGGUCCAAUCGCAAGGACUAUAAACCCAACGAAGCAAUCUACAUUCUCAUUGUGUCCAAACUUGCCGAGGGGCGCUUGUUUGAUGCCAUAGACAACCUGAUGCUGAGAAUCAAAGCCCAGAAGAAUUGCCGCUUGUCCGAUGCUUUCUUCUUCCACGUUAUCAAGAUUUAUGGCAAUGUUGCUGGCCGAAUCAGCAAGGCGAUCGAAACCCUUUUCGAUAUGCCCAAUUAUAACUGCUGGCCCAGCGUCAAAACCUUCAAUUAUGUGCUCAAUUUGCUCGUUUCGGCCAAGCUGUUUGACGUUGUCCAUGAGGUUUAUAUGGGUGCUCCCAAGUUGGGGAUUGAGAUUGAUGCUUGUUGUCUUAAUAUACUCGUUAAAGGGUUGUGCGAGAGUGGGAAUGUGGAUGCUGCACUCAAGGUGCUCGACGAAUUUCCCCAACAGAGGUGUAGGCCGAAUGUGAGGACAUUUUCAACUCUCAUACAUGGAUUGUGCGAGAAUGGGGAACUGGAGAGAGCAGCUCAGCUUUUCUCCAAAAUGGAAAACGAGGGUGUUUGCCCAGAUACCAUAACGUUUAACAUAUUGAUCUCGGGUCUUAGAAAGCACAAGAGGAUUGAAGAGGCAAUAGAACUUUUGGAGAGGAUGAAGCUUAAAGGUUGCUACCCAAAUGCGGGGACUUAUCAAGAGGUUUUGUAUGGCCUGCUAGAUACGAGUAAGUUUGUGGAGGCAAGGGAUUGUAUGCGUCGGAUGAUUUUGGAUGGAAUGGACCCAAGUUUUGUUUCUUACAAGAAGUUGAUAUCUGGGUUGUGUAAGAAGAAUCUAACUGAGGAUGUGGAUUGGGUUCUAAGGCAGAUGGUUAUGCAAGGUUUCGCCCCAAAAAUGGGGAUGUGGAAACUGAUUUUACGUUGUAUGUUAUCAGGAAAUGAAGAUUACAUCGGUAUCACUGGCAAAGCAUUUGAAGAUAUUUUGUUGCUUACAAUGGAAGAUGGUGUGAUGCAAUGACGUUCCUCAACUUCCUCUGGCCAUAUCUGUAGCAGCCACGGUGCAGUUCCGACUGGUAUCCGCCUGAGACUCGUUUGAUAACUAAUGAACUGAAAUGGCUGAUUAACACUUCCCAACUUAGCUUAAGCUAAAACUGGAUAGAAAAAAGCAGUUCUCUUCUGCUGCGGGCUACAGAAUUGAAGAUUAUUAAUAAUUCUUUCCCAAAAGACUUGCUUUGCAAGGUUGGAGGCCUGCGCUUCAGGAAGAGAUUCUCACUUCGCUGUGAGGUGUGAAAAGUGACAGUUCAGUGACCAGA